CGACUGAGUGAUGACAGCUGUUUUGUCUGAUUAGCGAGACAUGGGUUGAUAACAAUAAAAGCGGCUUUUUUGUAACAAAAUGGUUCAGUUACUUUAUAUCGUAGCUAGCUUGCAUAUAUUAUUAUGCCCCUUUACUAAGGUUGAAGAAAGCUUCAAUAUCCAAGCUACUCACGACAUUUUAUAUCAUCGAUUUAACCUCUCACAGUACGAUCAUAAUGAAUUCCCGGGAGUUGUGCCGCGGACUUUCAUCGGCCCUGUCAUUAUAUCUGCUUUAUCCGCUCCUGUUGUGUUUAUUUUACAUUUAUUUGGAAUUAACAAAUUCUGGAUGCAAUAUGUAGUGCGCCUAACUCUUGCAUUAACAGUAAUAGCAUCAUGGAGCCGUUUUAGGGGUACUUUACAGAAGCAAUUUGGUAGUUCGUUUGCUUGGUGGUUCACUUUAAUCAGUGUUUCACAGUACCAUUUUAUGUUUUAUAUGAGCCGACCUUUACCUAACAUCAUGGUAUUACCCUUUGUGUUACUUGCGUUAGAAGGAUGGCUAUCGGGAAAACAUAAACAGUUUAUUAUUAGUGCUGGAGCUUCCAUUGUUAUAUUUCGUUCUGAAUUGGCAAUGCUCUUUGGAUUAUUCCUUAUUAUAGAUUUGUUUUUUAAGAAAAUUGAUUUUAUGAGAUUUAUCAAAAUAGUUGUACCUACUGGUAUAGGAUUGGUGGCACUGACAGUAAUAGUUGAUUCAUUGUUUUGGGGCCGUUUACUUUGGCCUGAAGCAGAAGUAUUUUGGUAUAAUACCAUACUGAAUAAAAGUUCUGAUUGGGGUACUUCACCAUUCCUAUGGUACUUCUACUCGGCAUUACCUCGAGGUCUAGGGCCAAGUCUGGUCCUGUGUCCAGUGGGUGUGUACUUAGACCGGCGGCUGGUCCAGCUUGUAGCGCCUGCUGUGGUCUAUGUUCUGUUGUUCUCCUUUCUACCGCACAAGGAGCUUAGGUUUAUUAUCUAUGUGUUCCCAUUGCUCAAUACGGCGUCAGCUGCGGUAUGCUCAUAUGUAUUUAUUAGACGGACCAAAGCACCAACUUAUGAAUUAUUAUUUUGGGGUAUUUGCUUGAUAAUAGUCGCUAAUGUGAUAUUAUCCAUAGCGUUAGUAUUAGUUGCUAUGUCCAAUUAUCCUGGAGGUUUGGCAAUCACUAGGUUCCAUAAGCUUCUGAAAAAUGAACCAUACGUCCAUGUACAUAUCAGUAAUCUUGCGGCUCAAACCGGGGUCACUAGAUUCACGCAAAUCCACGACCAUUGGACCUACAGCAAGAAUGAGUCCUUGUCACCUGAACAACUGCUACAAUACACACAUCUUCUAGUCGAAGCUAAGAGCAAAUAUUCUCCAACUAUCAAAUCUUUCACACAAACACAUGUUGUAUUAGACAGCGUCGAUACUUUCUCUCACGUGGCUGUCAAUUAUAAACUAAUUCCACCUGUGAGAAUUAAAACUCGACCAGCAAUUUUUAUUUUAGAAAGGAAAAAUUUUAGAAAUCACCACAGAGAUUUCACUCAUGAAAACGUCAUAAACGUCGAAGAACACGAAAUAAUAUCACAGGAAAAGACAAUAAUUGAAGUACCAAAUUUAAUUGUCAUUAACGAUUCCGAUAAAUCUAUGAACGAAAACGAUGAGACUGAAAAUAUAAAUGAAUAUAUCAGUAAAGAUAUUAUGAAUAAUAGUAACGAAAUUACUGAAGAGCCUACAAAAAUAUACGAAGAGGUUAAAAUCGAUAAAUCUGAAAUUAUUGAAGAAGUGCAGGAAAAACCGAAGGACAUUCAAAAAGAUUUUAAAUCUUACAGACAAGAUAGAAAGAAGAAAGCAAUAGCAAAAAUUAAAUCUGAAACUCGCAAGGAAGUUGUGGCAUCGGCUAAAGAAAAAUUAAGAGAAAUAAUGAAAAGACAUAAACAAGUCGCUGUAGAGCUUUCUGAGAAUAAAAUACAAGAUGAGAAUGCAAGUAUAGAAAUAGACGGAAGAGGCGAUAUACCAGAUAUCGAAAUAGUUCCUGAAGUAGAAACUGCAAUUGUUGAAGAAAAUGUUUUAACUGAACCAGAGCAAGUAAAUGAUCCAGGACAAGUGAAUGAUUCAGAACAAGUGAAUGAUUUAGAUCCUAUCGAAAAUAUAGUUCAAUCAACAGAUGCUAACCAUACUAAUGAAAACUUAGAUGCUAUAGUUGAAGAGGUUAUUAACAGACUUAUAGAAAGAAAAGUUUACGAUGAUAAAACAAAACCGGAAGAUAUCAAAUUAGAAGAUAGACAAAUGAUACAAAAGAUUGUUGAAGAAGUACUUGCUGAAAAGAUUAAUUAUAAAUCAAGUUCAGAAAAAUAAUGUAUGUAAUUAUUUAAUAUUAAAUGUGAUCUCUUACAUUGAAUGUUUUAGAGGUGUUACAUUUUUUUUAAAUGUUCAAUUUGUGCCAAUUUUUGGAGCAUGUUUUGAUACAAAGCACUUUUAAAACCAAAUUACAGUUAACAUGCCUCAUACUAACUUACCUUUUCGUAUGUAUUACUCUAAAAUGUUGUUAUUAUUGUGUGUAAGAUUUACAUUGUUAUCUAAUUAUGUUGCUUGUUUUGGUUGCUGUCAAUUUUAUCGUGAAUAUUUACUAUUGAGGCAAUGUUUUUGUUUAGGUGUAAAUUCACGAUAGUGAGAGGUCAAUUAUUACGUUGUAUUAUUUAAUGUUGUUACUUUUGUUUUAAGAGUGUAUUUAUGUCUUAACAAAGUGCAGUUGAUGUUUUAACACUGACGCAAUUUUUAUAUAGUUUUUGUGGAGUACAUCAUUGUAUAUAUAAUUCUUUUGUAAAAAUGUAUAGUUAAAUCAAUUUAAUACAGCCCCAAAUGUUAAACAAUUUUGUAUGAUUAACCCAUGAUGUUUUGUUAUACUAACUUUGUAUUAG